CUCCACACUUAAAAACAGAAGUGACAGCACAUCUAUCCAGACAGCUUCAUGUUGUCCACACUGGAUGAUGACAAUUUUCCGGGGGCGAAUAAACACACCAGGGGUCAGAGACACGGAUAACGAGCAGACAGCCAGACGACCCGCAGCCAUGAUCCCGACGGGUCGCACUCCGUGUCUUCCCUCUCGAGCUACCGUCCAGGAGCUCUUCUCCGUGGCUCGAGACGCCGGCGUCGUCCCCGAUAUCUCCUUGGAUCCCGUCCUCGCCACCUUCCUCUCGCUGGACUCCUCGGCCGCUCUGCAGCACCAACACGCCUCCUUGCGGCGCAGCAUGAGCGGGGAGCUGCAGGCCGCGUUCGGCCUCAACCUGAGCAGAGAGCUGGGAGGCGGCGGCCGGGUCACCGGUGGAGGAGUCGGGGUGGUUGCUCUGGCUUUGUCUUUGCUUUUUGACCAGGUUGCCCAACAAGUCCGAGCUCAAGGUUCCACUGGGGGGAACCCACCCGCUCGCGGAUCCCAGCCCAGGAGGAUUUUUGGCAUCAGCAGCGCUUCGAGAAUCGGCCGGCUGGUCCAUGGCUACCUGCGCCUGAUCCCCGGCAUCGCCAACGACCGCGAGGAGAUGGCCGAGGCCGCGGAGCGUCACGACGACUGGCUGAAUCUGGAGCUGAUUGACCACUACGAGAGGAUGACCACGAGGAAGAGGAUGAGCACGGUGUCCAUGCAGCAGUGGUUGGCUGGGGCGGCGUUUCAUCUACACGUGAGGAUUCACCAGGUCCGUCUGAAGUCUGUGCCUCGGGGAUCCGCCGAGUCUCUGCGUCUGUCUUAUAAGACGGCGUUAAGUCGCCUGGUUCAGGGCUACACGGCCUAUCUGCACAGGAACAUCAAGGAGACUCCGGCGGUCGGACCGGGACCAACCAGCGCAGUAGGCAGAGCCAAUAUAAGGAAUUCCAUUUUUAACGGCAGCCUGUUUAAGUUUAACCGGACGACGUCGCCCAACUCGAGUGCCGGCGUAAGCGGAGGCUGCGAAACUGACUUUGUGUCAAGGACAAGAAAUGAAAGCAGCCGGGUUGUGGUCAACAGAAAGUGUCCCGACAAUGCGACGCAUGCGGAUGUUCAGGGGCUGUUGGUCAUUGAGCCAGGGAGGAACGUGACUCACAAAGUGCAGCAUCACCCCUGCGAGUCUCCGGCCUUACAGCAAGCUCUGGUGACUCGUAUUAUCAACGCUCAGGACAUGGAGCGGAACAGACGCUUCUUCCUGUACCCUGAGAAGUUGUUCCGUGGCCUCCUCUCGCAGAAGGACGACUUUGAGCUGGAGACUGAUUAAAUGAGCAUUAUCAGCUGAUAUAAAAACUAAAACACUAAAAACAGUAACAAAUUGUAUCACUUUAAUCGCACUUAUAAUGACUCUUAUCUAUAGCAAGUUGGCUGAUUUGAUGAAAUUGCUCUUUAUUGUUCUUCAGGGUUUGUAUCCUUAUGGUAGAAAUAAUGUAAUAAAGCUCCAUUGUUAAUAAAAGUGGAUUAUAUUAAUACCACAUUUUAUCAAAACUUGACAAUUGAUACAGGUUGAAUAUAUUUGUAUUAUCUGAUAUUUCUGCAAGUUCAGUGUGUGUGUUUGUUGGGAGGGGGGUAGCUGUUACCAUAUUCUUGAAAUGUCAAAGUUUGUGCUUGUAAAAAGAAAUGUUGUAUCACUUGCAUAAACUAAUACUAUAUCAUUUACGCAUAUAUUCAUAUACACAUACAUGUAAGAUUAAGAACAGUGAUGGGUCAUGUUAAUUAUCAUUCAAAAUAUAAAAUAAAAAGACUGACCACUUGGGAGGG